UCUCUGAUUGGUUGCCGCUUUCAUGGAACUUGUUCUAACACCUUCGGCAGAAAUACAUCCGUAUUGAUCGGGCCGUGCCUAUCUACCUAAAGUAUGAGGACAUGCAUGUGUCACGAAAUUUUGAGUAAAACUCCCCUCAUUACUUUGUCCACUAUUUUAGUCCCAACUCGUCUGGUGCUUUGUUGUGGGUGACCCGUCCUAAUCUCCUCCUAGUCUUCACCGAGAUAACCAACUUCCCCUUCUGGAUCCUCAUUCGAAACCAUGGCUAAGCCAUAUAACCAGAUAGUCCUAUUUGGGGACUCGCUCUUCCAAAACGCCAGUGAAGUUCAAGGUGGCUUCUCGUUUCAUGGAGCGCUACAGCAUCACUGUAUACGAUUCCUAGAUGUGAUCAAUAGGGGCUUCUCUGGUUAUAAUACUAAGAAUGCCUUGGAAUACCUUCCCCAAAUAUUCUUACCACCAUCAUCCUCGGGUCCUCAGAUAGAAUACCUACUUGUACUACUGGGUGCGAACGAUGCGGCUCUCCCAAUUCCGACCAAUACUCAAGGGGUUCCAAUUGAGCAGUACAAAGAGAACCUAAUCAAGAUCAUCACCCACGAUCACAUAAAAGCUCACAAUCCAAAGAUCCUACUGGUCACGCCACCUCCACUAGAUGAGAUUCGACUUACUCCUCUUGACACGGCCGUAGGCCACCCGCAAUCGACGAGGCAAGCGGCUGUGAGCGCUGCUUACUCUGAGACUGCCCGAAAAGUGGCCGCCGAGGUUCCCGGUGUGGUGCUUAUCGAUCUGCAAAAGGCAAUUAUGGAUAAAGCCAUUUCCCUGACUCCGGACUUCGACGCGAAUGGUUCUCCUUUAGGGCAUCCUGGAGGCAAGCGAGGUGCCCUGGAACAACUUUUACCAGAUGGGUUACACAUGAGCGGAGAAGCCUACAAGGUCUUCUUUGAUAUUGUCAAGCCACAUAUCGAUCCGUUCCCCGAAGGAAAGGAAGUCUUCCCGCGUUGGCGGGAGUUGAAUCCUGGUACAUUGUAAUCGCUCAUAGCUAGCAUAGAAACAACAAGAUGCUAUCGGUUGGGAGGAUUUCUGAAAAUAGAAAAGCCAAGUUACUCAUAUAUAUGACUCCUUUGCUCCUCCGAAUUAAUUCAAUUGUAUAUGUGAGAAGUGUGCAACCGAUAAUGGAUGGAGUUAAUUGUUGUUAUGUAGAACAUAACGAUGCAGGAGUGAAGUACACUAACGCAGGCGAAUCCUUCUGAAGUAUCCGUGUCAAUCAGGUACCUACCUCUAUAUACACAGUUGCAUUGGGGAAGAAUGGGCCCUGGUAGUGCUCAUUAAGUU